AUGAUUUACAUAAGGUUAAUUUAUCAAAGAUAUUAUCAUUAUAUCAAUUUAUUGCUUUUGACAGGUUUUCAGCGACCAUCUAAAUAUCAAUAUUCAAACUCGAAAAAGAGACGGAUGAUAAACACAGCACACCUCACAUCACAUUGUACCACUCUAUCUAACCACCAACCACAGGUUAUUUUUCCAUUAAUUUAUUCCGGCGGCGAAGACCAUUCACUAACUUUGACUUAUAAAGCGAUUACUCCAAUAAUAACAUUCAAGUUCAUAAAAGCAGAGCCAAACAAAACAAACCCCUAAGCUCUCUGCAACAAAAUUUUAAUUUUUGUGUUAGUCAUUGGAACGAUGACAUCCUCGGCUGUCCAACGAGUUUCAGAAUGUUUUAUCAAACCAAUAAACCCCAUUCACGAAUCAAACCAUAUAUGUUAUCUGACUACUUGGGAUAUUGCCAUGUCUUCUAUGCACUACAUUCAAAAGGGCCUAUUAUUCAAAAAGCCAACACCACCAAAUAACCAACAAAAUUUCAUCAAUAACUUAUUAGAGAAACUCAAACACUCCCUCUCUAUCGCCCUCUUCCAUUUCUACCCUCUAUCUGGUCAUCUUGUCACACACAAAACUCAAGACCCUCCAGCUUAUAACAUUUUUGUUGACUGCAGUAACAAUAACUCCGGAGCUAAAUUCAUCUAUGCAACUUUAAACAUGACUGUAUCUGAUAUCCUCACUCCGAUUCAUGUUCCACCGAUUGUUGAAUCGUUUUUUGAUCUCAACAAAAUAGUCAAUCACGACGGUCACACCAUGCCUUUGUUGUCCAUCCAAAUCACUGAGUUAUUAGAUGGUGUUUUCAUAGGUUGUUCCAUGAACCACCAUAUUGCAGAUGGAACUUCUUAUUGGAAUUUCUUUAAUACAUGGUCUGAAAUAUUUCAAGCUGAAGACCAUGGUGUUCCUAUUUCACACCAACCCUUUCACAAUCGUUGGUUUCCAAAUGGUUAUGGCCCACUAAUCAAUCUUCCAUUCAAACAUCACGAUGAGUUUAUAAGCAGAUUUGAAAAACCCGAGUUAAGAGAGAGAUUUUUCCACUUUACAACAGAGUCUAUUGCAAAACUGAAAGCAAAAGCCAAUAUAGAAUCUAAUACAAACAAAAUAUCUUCAUUUCAAUCCUUAUCAGCACAUGUUUGGAGAUGUGUAACACGUGCACGCGGUUUAGCAAAGGAUCGAAAAACAAGCUGUCAAUUAGCCAUAAACAAUCGACCGAGAAUGGAGCCGCAAUUACCAGAAGAGUACUUUGGGAGCUGUAUUAAUACGGUGAGUGCAGAAGCGAGUGUUGGGGAAUUGGUUGAGAAUGAUUUAGGAUGGGCAGCAUGGAAGGUGCAUGUUGCUGUUGUUGAAUACGAUGACAUAAAGGUGCGGAAGAUAGUGAAAGAAUGGUUAGAGUGUCCUGUAAUAUUCCAAGUUAAGCGUCACUUUGAUCCCUUAAGUGUUGCGAUGAUAAGUUCGCCUAGGUUUAAUAUGUAUGGGAAUGAAUUUGGAAUGGGGAAAGCUGUGGCGGUUUUGAGUGGAUAUGCAAACAAAUGUGAUGGGAAUGUCACGGCAUACGAGGGCCGGGAAGGAGGUGGAAGUAGUGAUUUGGAAAUUUGUCUUUCUCAUGAUGCAAUGACAAAUUUGGAAUUGGAUGAGACCUUCCUUAGUACCGUUUCUUUCACCAAUCCCUUUUAUGUAUCUUCGUCAUAAGAACAUAAUAUCAUGUUUGACUAAAUUUUUUAUUUUCAUUGUAAAGAUUUUAUCCAUUCUUUACAAUAAUUUAAUGGUCUUCAAAGAACUAGUUACUCUUAUCCAUAUCAAGCACCGAAACAAAAUAUAACUAUUAGGGCUAAAGUCUCUUCUUAAAGAAUAAUAUAUUAUGAAUAAAGUUCAUUCAAGUGUCUAUUGUGAUAACGAAAGUGUUGUUAUGCUUGCGUCAAACUCAAUUCUUCAUUUGAGAACUAAGCUUUUUGAGUUUGAUCAUUACUUCUUUCGUGAGAAAAUUCAACGCAAUGAAUUAGAUGUUCAUCA